AUGCACCAAAACUCGUUUCGUGAAAACGACGACGAUGAUUUCUACGGUGGAUUUGAUUCCUACAAUCAAGCGUAUGAUAUCGAGGUAUUUUUUGAAAUUGAAACUUUUUUUCAAAGUAUCACACAAAACCCUCAAUUCCAACAAGCUGUUGCUCGAUCGAGUCAUGGAAGGCGCCCGAACACAUCACAAAUGGGAUUCCGAGAUCCAGGCUCUUCUUACGGCAAACCUCCACCCACAAUGAUCAGUAAGAUUUUAUACACCUACUAUUUCGCAACCAACAUGAGCCGCAUGGGCGGCCGAACGGCGAUGGCCAACAACAACGAGCCGGCUCGACCGAUGACCGCUGUCCGUGGAGCCGGAUACACAUCGUUUGCAAACAAAGACGAUUUUUUUUUGCAGUUCAAGCUGCGGAAAGAACUAUUAGCACUGAGAACUUGGGGGAGAGUGGUGAUGUUCAGUGAAGAGGAAAAAUGUAAGCAGAUGGAGAAUAAGGUGAUGGAUAUGUUGCGUGAGAGUAUGAUUGCCAGUGAGAAGAAGAAGUAUAAAGAGGCGCUAGACAAGGGAAAAGAGGCAGGAAGACGGGAGAGAGCAGUUGUGAAGCACCGUGAGCAAUCUGGACUAGUGGAGAGCAUGAAUUUGGAUUUAACGUUUACGGUUCUCUUCAAUUUGGCUCAACAAUAUGAGGCUAAUGACAUGACCAACGAGGCACUGAACACCUAUGAAAUCAUUGUGAGAAACAAAAUGUUCCCGAACUCUGGAAGAUUAAGAGUCAACAUUGGAAACAUCCAUUAUAAACGUCGAGAGUUUACCAAAGCGUUGAAGUACUAUCGGAUGGCUUUGGAUCAAGUGCCGAGCAUUCAGAAGGAUACAAGAAUAAAAAUUCUGAAUAAUAUCGGAGUCACUUUUGUGAGAAUGGGAUCCUAUGAUGAUGCGGUGAACACUUUUGAGCAUGUUGUCGAGGAGCAACCAAAUUUUGCGAGUGCAUUGAACUUAAUUUUGACUUCGUUCUGCAUACAAGACGCCGAAAAAAUGAGGGAAUCAUUUUUAAAACUCAUCGACAUUCCUGGCUUCCCUGAUGAUGAGUUCAUGAAAGAGAAAGAAGACGAUGAUGUGCUCUUGAAUCAAACUCUCAACUCGGAUGCAUUAAGACACUGGGAAAAACAACAAAAGAACGAAGCGGAGAAAGCAAUCAUCACAGCUGUGAAAAUAAUUAGCCCGCUAAUUGCGCCGGACUACGCUAUCGGCUAUGAAUGGUGUUUGGAGUCUCUGAAACAGUCGACUCAUGCUGUCUUAGCAAUUGAUCUAGAAAUGACAAAAGCCGGAGAGAUGAUGAAAAAUGGAGACAUUGAAAGUGCAGUGGAGGUUCUCAAGAUUUUCAAUGCCCAAGACUCAAAAACAGCAGCAGCUGCAGCAAAUAAUCUUUGCAUGUUAAGAUUCUUGGUGAACACUUUUUUAAAUUCAAUUUUUAUAUCCAAAGUUCAGCAAGGAGGUCGUCGUCUUGUGGAUGCUCAACAGUAUGCUGACCAAGCUUUAUCAAUUGAUCGUUUUAGUGCACAUGCGCUUGUGAACCAGGGAAAUAUCCAUUAUAUGAAUGGAGACUUGGAUAAAGCUAUGGCUCACUAUCGUGAGGCUCUGACCAAUGAUGCUAGCUGUGUUCAGGCAUUGUUCAAUAUUGGUUUGGCCUCAAAAGCUCAAGGAAAUCUGGAACUGGCAUUGGAAUAUUUCUUCAAGCUACACGGAAUUCUGGUGAACAAUGUUCAAGUGUUAGUUCAAUUGGCAUCAAUAUACGAAUCUCUAGAAGAUUCCGCUCAAGCCAUCGAAUUGUACAGCCAAGCUAAUAGCAUGGUCCCAAAUGACCCUGCAAUCCUUUCAAAGUUGGCAGAUUUAUAUGACCAGGAGGGCGAUAAAUCCCAAGCAUUCCAAUGUCACUAUGAUAGUUAUCGAUACUUUCCAUCAAACUUGGAUACUGUAGAAUGGUUAGCAUCGUAUUAUUUGGAAACUCAAUUUUCGGAAAAGUCCAUCAGCUACUUUGAGAAAGCGGCUCUCAUGCAACCAAACGUAUCAAAAUGGCAAAUGCUCAUUGCCACCUGUCUACGAAGAACUGGAAACUAUCAGCGCGCAUUUGACCUUUAUCGUCAAAUUCAUAGAAAAUUCCCACACGAUCUGGAGUGUCUCAAAUUCCUCGUCAGAAUCGCUGGAGAUCUUGGCAUGACUGAAUAUAAGGAAUAUAAGGAUAAAUUGGAAAAAGCCGAAAAAAUCAAUCAGCUGCGCCUUCAAAGAGAAAGUGAUUCGAGUCAAGGGAAACGACACUCGGCGAAUUCUACACACUCCCUUCCUCCAUCUGGGCUCACUGGGCUCGGCUCCGGCUCAGGAGGCUCUAGUGGUGGAGCACGACAAUAUAGUGCUCAUAUUCCUCUACUGGAUAACACCGCUUCAUUUUCAGUGUCUCAACGGGACAUGAGAGAAAACGACUUCUCAUACGAUGAUCCUAUCGGUAUGACAAACCGCCCAAAAACUGGAUCUCGAAAAACUGUCACUGAACUUAGUCCUGACGAUUUUGCAGAGUUCGACGAAAGUCUUUUACCAGAUUAA